AUGUCCGGAGGCGCCUCCAAGCCGGCAAUACCAGCUUGGCAAAAAGCGCGAACAGAUACUACAGCGCCAUCGAGUCCUGCGGCGCAGACAGAGCCAUCGAGUGUGGAACCCGCGCCAUCUCACCCACCCGCCGAGCCUGAGAGUGCAAGCGAUGCAACGGACGAUGGACCUGUAGUCGAGCCAGCAUCGGCCGACUCCCAACUCAGCAUGGUCGACGCCUUCCUCGCCGACCCAUCAGUCAAAGACGCACCCAUCGACAAGAAGCGGGCGUUCCUCCAGAGCAAAGAAGUGCCCGUAGAGACCAUCGACAAAGUCCUCCCGCCAAACCAAGUGCCUGCGAUCCAGAUGGAUGACUUCGAGGCCUUUAAGCGACAGAGAGCCGUUCCCACCUUCACCACCACCCCGCAGCCCACCAACAAUACCAGCCCACCCAUAAUAACCUACCCCGAGUUCCUCCUCCAAGCCCACAAACCCCCACCCCUCAUAACACCCACCCGCGUCCUCACCGCCGCCUACGUCGCCGCCGGCGCUGCCACUCUACUCUACGGCGCGAGCAAGUAUCUCCUCGAGCCCAUGACCGACGCCCUCACCGAAGCACGACACGACUUCUCCACGCACAGUCAAAGCAAGCUAGACGAAUUCAACGAGCGCCUUAGCCGGCUCGUGAGCAGGCAACCCUCCCCACCCACCACCGCGCCAGAAAUCAAACUGGACGAAACCGACGACGUCGCGAGCAUAACCUCCGACCCAACCGAGCUCUAUCACCGCGACAUGGGCACCCAAACCUCCCCCCUGCCCUCACGACAGCCCUCCGACCCCGACGUCACCGCCCUUACACCCUCUGACAACCCCACCCCCACCCCCACCCAAACCACCACCCUAGAAACAAUCCACUCCCACCUCACCACCCUCCACACCUCCACCACCUCCUCCAUCACCGCGACGAAAGAAAGCAAAGACAGCAUGAACAAACUCCGCCACUACCUCGACACGGUCAUGUACGGCAGUCUGUUGGGGAAUGGGGGGAAUGGGAGUUAUGGGAGUAAUUUGUGGAUGAUGGAGCCGGAGGAGGCGGAGAGGCGGAAGAAGGAGGCGGCGGAGGAGGGGAAUGGCAAGGGGAAGGCGGAUGCGGUGGAGGAGUUGAGGAGGGAGAUUCGGGGGGUCAAGGGGGUGUUGUUGGGUGCGCGGCGGUUUCCGGGGACGGUGGGGGCCAGUGGGGGUGGUUGA